AUGACUUCUGUGUUGAGACAGAGAUUUUCACAAAGAGUUGAGACAGAGAUUUUCACAGAGAGAGAUAGAGAGAGAGAGAGAGAGGAGAAGGGGAAGAAGAAAUCAGCAAUGAGUACGCUUGCUUUGAGCUCCAAUGGGGAUUUCUCUGCGGAGCACAAGGCUCCAAAUUGCAAGAGAUUGAAGAAGCUCGUCGGUGAUGAAUGCGUGGCUUCGCUGAGAUGCAUCAACAAGGGCACCAACGUCAGCAGCUGGGAUGUGGCACGAUUGCGUCAAGAAAACACGAAAAAGAUUUUAAAGGAAAAGAAGCUGAUGUUGAUCCUCGAUCUGGACAACACCCUUUUACACUCUGUCAGGGAUGGAGAUCUCUCUUCUGAAGACGAGCGUUUGAUGCAAAUGAGAGAAUCUUCAGAAGAUGAACGUGGUAGGAGCGUGUUUCGAUGGAGGGGUAUGGCGACAAAACUCAGGCCGCACGUCCGCAGUUUUCUUAAAGAAGCGAAGGGCGUUUACUUUGAGAACAAGAUCCUAUCGAGCGAGGAUUGUACUAGACCGAGAAGAAAAGGCCUCGAUGUGGUGCUAGGAGAAGAGAAAGCUAUGGUGAUCGUUGACGACAACGAUAAAGUUUGGGGGAAGCACGUAAUGAAUCAAAUCGACAUUAAAAGGUACCACUUUUUCGGACCAAAGCGCCCUCUCUUCGAUUUAGACGGAAAUGCAUUGUCAGAAAUGGAGGAACUCGAGAGCAAGGAGAGUGAAUUGGCGAGGUGUCUUGAAUUGCUCAGAUGCAUUCACUGGUUGUUUUUCAACCCUGUGAAUCAUGCUGAUUUCUACGACAGUGAUGUAAGGCAAAUUCUGAUGGAUAUCAAAGAUGAAGUGGAAUAUGGUAGUGGUGUAGGCUUAAAGGUUCAAUGUCCCUGCUGAUCUUCGAAAACUUGCAAUUAUUGGCGACUAGAGAAGUCUGUUGUUUUUGUUUUCCUUUUUGAGAACUUGAGAAUUUUUUAUGAUGUAACUUACAGCUUUGGCAGCUAUUUUGAACUAAAACUCGGCUGUGCAAAA